UGGGAACAAAGGCCAGCUCUCCAGGCUGCCAGCUGUUCUGCCAAGCCCCAGGGGCGGGAGCAAGAUGUUGACGCACACCAUGUAAAGCACAGCUUGCCCUGUACAGCUGUGUCUACACACUGCUCCGCACUGCGCCAGGUGGGCUGGAACUCGCCCACGGGAAUCCACCCGGGAGGACACUGAUCCCAUGCGAGAGGCAGUAUCUUUGCUGCUGGCUGUCAGCCCUUGGGGAAAUCUGACCAACCGCCCAGACUAAGGCAUCAUUUGCACCCCCCAAAGGAAAGCGCUUUUGGAGUCCUGGCGCAGAAGAGUCGGGAGGCUCCGUAUGAAACUUCCACCCAGCCCAGCACCGGAUUUGCCCCGAAGAGCCAAACUCAACGACAGGAGCAAUUCUCCCCGUUGAGGAGGUGACACCCGCCCCAUUGAGCCAGCCAAUGAGAUGCAAGAUAGAAUCAUUACGUCCUCAGAACCAAUCCCGAUUGGCUGGUCAGAGAUCCAGGGGUGCCUACUCACAAUCUGGGCCACAUCUGGGGUGAGCGGAACCCUGGGCAAGCAGACGGGAGCCACGUUUCCUGCCAGCCCGUCCAGGCAGAACUUGAGAAGUGAGAGUCGACCCCCAACUCUUCCUCUAUCUGUCCCCCGAGGAGCCUCAGCACCACAAGCCAGGAAGGAGCUAGCGGCCGCUCCGUGAAGAAGAAAUAAAGCUCCCUGGGCCAGGGGUUUCGUGUGAAAUCCAGAGAAGUUGGGCCGCUCCAGUUGAGCGGAGCCUCCACCCAAGCAGCAAAACAUGCUCAGGGUCUCCGAACCCUGCCCCGGGCUAGGAGGAGUGGGGCUUCCUGGGGGCAAGCCGGAUUCGGCACCCUGGAGCCCAGCCGCGCACGUCUCCCUAAGGCUGCUGUGCAGAUUCCGGGUGGGAAUGCCCAAGCCUCCGAUAUGAACGCCACUUUCCGCAGGAAGGUGGGUGAGCUGUUCGAGCCGGAGUCGCCCACUGUGGGCAACCAGACCCGUGGGCAGCCAUGGGAAGAGCUGGAGGUCUCGUCUGGUGACGGAGCCAACACUAGCUUGCCUAGCGAGGAGGUGUUCCUGCUGCCCACGUUCUCCACCGCUGCCAAAGUCCGGGUGGCCAUCACCUUGGUCCUCUUCCUCUCCUCAGCCUGCUUCAACAUCGCCGUGCUGUGGACCGUCACCCAGAAGUACCGCAAGAGGCCACACAUCCGCAUCCUCAUUGUCAACCUGGCCACGGCCGACCUGUUGGUGACCUUUGUGGUGAUGCCUUUGGACGCGGCCUGGAAUAUCACAGUGCAGUGGUACGCGGGUGACCUGGCCUGCCGAGCCCUCAUGUUCCUCAAGCUGGUGGCCAUGUACGCCUCCGCCUUCAUCACCGUGGUGAUCAGCCUGGACCGCCAGGCGGCCAUCUUGCACCCACUGAGCAUGGGCGACGCCAAGAAGAAGAACAAGGCCAUGCUGUGCGGGGCCUGGGCCCUGAGCGUGCUGCUGGCACUACCUCAGAUGUUUGUCUUCCACACCGUGAGCCGUUCCCAGCCCAUCUACUUCAUCCAGUGCGCCACCGUGGGCAGCUUCCACGCCCACUGGCAGGAGACCCUCUACAACAUGUUCCCCUUCUCCUGCCUCUUCCUGCUGCCGCUGCUCAUCAUGGUGCUGUGCUACUCCCGCAUCCUCAUCGAGAUCUCGGGCAAGAUGAAGAGAGCUUGCGGUGAGCCCGGCCAGCCUCCUGCCGCCCUGUCCACAGCCUCCUCGCAGGAGGUCCACCUCCGCCGCUCCUACAACAACAUCCCGCGGGCCAGGAUGCGCACGCUGAAGAUGUCCAUCGUCAUCGUGCUCACCUUCGUCCUAUGCUGGACGCCCUACUACCUCCUGGGCCUCUGGUACUGGUUCUCUCCGGAGAUGCUGAGCCGGAAGAAGGUGCCUCCCUCCCUCAGUCACAUCCUCUUCCUCUUCGGCCUCUUCAACACCUGCCUGGACCCCCUCAUCUACGGACUCUUCACCAUGCACUUCCGGCGGGAGAUCCGGCGCGCCUGCCCAUGCUCCCACCGCAGGAAGGAGCAGGACGCCGGCUCCACCCUGAUUGGCUCCUUCCGGGCCUCCACCACCGCUGUGCCCAUCAGGAGAGCUGGGGAGGACGAGGGGGGCUCGGGCAAGUAUGAACUGGAGGUGACGGCUCACAUGGGCCUGCCUGCUGGGAGGUGUGAGCUGUGCAGGAGGAAGACGGUGGAGAGUUUCAUAUGAGUGGACCGUUGCCAGGCCUGGAUUCGCCUCUGCUUCCCAGCAAAUGGGAGAGCCCAGGACGGGCUACGGGGGUUGUUCCUGCACUCAAGCACCCACCAAUAAACCCAGAUUAUUUUCUCAGCCGGUGACCUCUCCUGGGUCCCCUCCCUUUGUGCCCAUCAGUUCCUCGCUUCCGAGCUGGGCCAGGCUGCCCAGCUGGGAUGGGUGGAGGUGGAUGCAGAGAGGGGGCUGCCAUGGGCCUCGGCUGCUCAGAAAAGUCACAGCGAAGUCUGCUGGCAGUGUGGCCCAGCAGGCAGAGCCCUGACUCAGGAGAUCUGGCGUCUAGCCUCACCUCUGCUGCUGCAUGAGGUCAUUUUGCCCUCUGCAUACCUCCAUUUCUCCACCUGUGAAAUGGGGAGAAGGAUCCUAACUAGGGAUGUUAAAAUGUGGUUAAUUUACUAACCGAGUGGUCGAUAGAAAUUUUGACGAUUCCAUUAGUUGAUAGGUGGCCGGCUCAGUCCCGGCUGGCACUGGGUCCGGGACCAAACCUUGCGGCAGCGCUGCAGUUUAAAA